GAGUGGCUCAUUGAGUAGUGCAGAAGUGUACAAUCCAUCUACAGGACGUUGGGCAAUUACUGGCACCAGGAACACUGCACGAUAUCAGCACACAGCAUCUAUAUUGACAAACGGAAAUGUGUUAGUUGCUGGUGGACAAGGUGAUGGUGAUGCCGUAUUGAAUAGUGCAGAAGUGUUCAAUCUAUCUACAGGACUUUGGAUAACUACUGGCAUCGUGAACACUGCGCGAGUCGGUCACACACAAAUCACAUUGACAAACGGAAAUGUCUUAGUUGCUGGUGGACAAGGUAUGAGUGGCCCAUUGAGUUGUGCAGAAAUGUACAAUCCAUCCACAGGACUCUGGACAACUACUGGCAACAUGAACAAUGCACGAUUAGGUCACACAGCAUCCAUGUUGACAAACGGAAAUGUGUUAGUUGCUGGUGGAAUCGCUGAUGAUAGUACCAUAUUGAAUAGUGCAGAAACAUAUGGAUGA